AUGACCCGGCAAUUUCUCAUUCCGAUAAUAGCCAGACCACCUGGGAUCGAAAGUUCGAAGAAACAUCGUUUCCAAGCGCCAAUAGUUGCGCCAACGAGGGAAUUGGCCGUCCUAAUACACUCUCUUCUUAUCCAGACCUUGCAAUUCCAUUCAUCCUCAAGCCAAGGGCAAUACGAGCACAAUCGCAUCAUUCCACAACUGGUAGCGCGGGGAACGGAAGCGCAGGAUCUGUCCACAUUCUCGUCGGAUUCAUCAAACCUCCUAAUUGGAACCCCUGGCGGCUUCCGCAAGCUCCUUGCUUCUCCUCAUAUCCACGCUUCUGCUACUAGAGUAUUGGUCUUAGACGAGGCUGAUAAGCUGCUGGCUACAGAUUUCAAGCCUGAUAUAGCGGCUAUAUUAGUUUUCCUUCCCAAACAGCGGCAAACGGGUCUGUUCAACGCCAGCAUGGAUGAUUUUACCCGACUAGAUCGCAUAGGACUUCGAAAUCCAGUGCGGGUGUCGGUCAAAAGGUCAAGACAACGAGCAGCAGGGCAAGACUAA